CUUUGAACCAAAAUGGUUAACACUACUAAUGAGCUGCAUAUUUCCCAUUUCUCCUUGUGACUCACCGUCUACCUUCAACACUGAAACAAAACAAACCCAUCUUCACCAAAAACCCUGUUCUGAAUUUUUUUUGUAUUUUUAAAUCUGAAGUUGGUUUUUUUUUUUAAAUUCAUAGACAAGGGAAAACACGCAAAAAAAAAUGGGCUGCACUGUAAGAGAGAAGCAUAUCCGGUCGACCCGAAGGUCCCGAUCGGUGAAACCGGAAUUCGAUCCUUGCUGUCUUCUUGAUAAAGAUUCAAUAUCGAAAUCCAUACUCGAAUCGGGUCUCAAACCCUUGAGCUACCCACUGGGUCUAAACGAUUCAACCCAAAGCCCUAAUCCUAACCCCAAUAACAAUAACAACACUAAUUUUGACGAUCAUGGUUGGGGGUAUUGCACUGAGGAACAAUUAGAGGAAAUUUUAUUGAAAAACCUGGAAUUUUUAUAUAAUGAAGCGAUAUCUAAGCUUGUAGCGUUAGGUUACGAUGAGGAUGUUGCAUUGAAGGCAAUAUUGCGGAAUGGCCAUUGCUAUGGUGGAAUGGAUGUGUUGACUAAUAUUUUGCAUAAUUCAUUGGCUUAUUUGAAUGGUAGUUGUGGUAGUAGUAAUGGGAGUAACUCAGAGGAAUUGGAGCCUGGUUUUCCAGACUUGAGGCAAUUGGAGGAGUAUUCGCUUGCAGGAAUGGUUUGUUUGUUGCAACAAGUUAGGCCUCAUUUGAGUAAAGGUGAUGCUAUGUGGUGUUUGCUUAUGAGUGAUCUUCAUGUAGGUAGGGCUAGUACUAUGGAGAUUCCGACACUUCCUUCCCCGACUAGUGGGUGUAGUCCAGUGUCGAACAAUGUAGAGAGUGUUGGUAAUAAUGGGGUUGGUAUUAUGUCACCAGCUCUGUGUAGGUUUCAUGGUGGUUGGGGGUUUGGGAACGGAGGAGCGGAGUUUGCGGUGAAUGGGUUUUUUUCGUAUUGCACAGACAUGACUCUGCAGAGGGAUAUUGAAUGUCCCAAGAGAUUUAAUCUUUCACCUUCAAUGAAGUCUUUGUUGAAGAAGAAUGUUGCAAUGUUUGCCGCUAGUUUUAGGGCUAACUCAAAACAAAUGCAGACACAAAACCAGGCAUGUGUGGGCACUUUGUCUUGUGGGGAUGCCCCUCUGGCUGUUGCUGGGGGUGAGGUUCCUACUGAGAAAUCUGAGGAGUCACAAAAUUUGAAGAGCCAGGAUGUGGUUAAUUCAGUAUUGAGUAAAUUUCGUGAUUUGAAUAUUGAUGAGAAUUUGGAGCAUGUUGGGGAAGAUCAGAAAGGUGAGAUGAUAAUUUCUCUGCUUCAUCAGAUUAAGGAUCUGGAGAAGCAAGUCAAAGAGAGGAAGGAGUGGGCUCACCAGAAGGCAAUGCAAGCAGCAAGAAAGCUUAGUAGUGAUCUAACAGAGCUUAAAAUACUGAGGAUGGACAGGGAGGAGAUACAGCGGUUGAAGAAGGGGAAACACACAAUAGAUGACUCAACCAUGAAGAGGCUGUCAGAUAUGGAGAAUGCUCUGCGGAAGGCUAGUGGGCAGGUGGACCGCGCAAAUGCAGCUGUGAGACGGCUUGAGAAUGAGAAUGCAGAAAUCAGAGCUGAGAUGGAGGCAUCUAAAUUAAAUGCAUCAGAAUCAGUCAAAACUUGUCUGGAGGUUGCAAAAAGGGAGAAAAAGUGCCUGAAGAAGCUUUUGGCUUGGGAGAAGCAGAAAACUAAGUUUCAGGAGGAGAUUGCUGUUGAAAAAGAGAAGAUUAAUGAGCUGCAAAGAUGCUUAGCUCGAGUAGAGCAGGAUCAGAAAGAAACAGAGUCAAAGUGGAGGCAGGAGUUGAAGGCCAAAGAGCUAGCCUUGGCUCAAGUGGAGGAGGAACGACAAUCCAAGGAAGCAGCUGAGGUAAACAAUAAAAGAAAGCUUGAGUCUUUGCGUCUGAAGAUAGAGAUAGACUUCCAGCGUCAUAAGGAUGAUCACCAACGACUUGAGCAGGAGCUUUCUCGUUUAAAAGUCUCUGCGCAAUCUACCGAGUUGAAAAAUCAAUCAAAUAAUUUACUCACAGGAAAGUCAGAAGGGGCAAAGCCACAGGGAGAAACAAUUGCUAGGUUGCUUCAUGAAUUAGAUAAACUAGAGGAUUCUUCUGAGAAAGAAGUCAACUGUGAUAGGGAAUGCAUAAUAUGUUCAAAAGAUGAAGUCUCUAUUGUUUUUCUGCCUUGUGCACACCAAGUUCUGUGUGCCAACUGCAAUGACAGUUAUGGGAAGAAGGGUAAAGCUACUUGUCCAUGCUGCCGGAUGCCAAUCGAACAGAGAAUUCGUGUUUUUGGUGCUGCUUCAUAGUUGCAGUUUGGUUUAAGAUUAUACUUUGCUGCAAGUCUUUUGGCAUACUUAAUAUUAUGCAGUUUUCAUUUCCUAGCAGUCAGUGGACUGUUGGCUUUUACAUAUGCUUGCCUUAAAAAGUAAACAUGCUGCUGUUGCUUUAGCACGGUGAGUAUGUAUGUAAAUAAACACCAAGCUUCUCCAGGCUCGUACUUUAAGCCUCAAAAUAAGUUAAACUCAAAUCUUUCUUUUGUUGCCAUCAGGUUGAAAACCUGAAUUGAGCAAGUGGUCUGUCAUGUUUUGCUCAUGAUACUGUUCAAAUGGAGAUAUUUUGUUGGCCUA